CUCCCAUCUCCCGGCCUCCCCCUUCUCGAAACCCUGGGGUGACGUCACAGACCCCGCCCCCAGGCUCCGGGCCCGGGGGGCUGGGAGCGUGCUGAUGUCAUGCGGCGUGCGGGGCCAGUGCAGAAUUCCUCUCCCACCCAAGUCCUCCCGGCUGGAGGAGUUAGUUAGCAAAGAGCCGAGACUGGACGAGCCCGACCUGCCUUCUGUCUGCAUCAUAACACUUUGCGCAUGGUGGAUAUUAUUUUUAAUUAUCCUUUUCUGGGUGCUAUGGGGGAUCAUUCCAAGAAAAAGCCCGGGAUUGCCAUGUGUGUCGGCUGUGGGAGUCAGAUCCACGACCAAUACAUCCUCAAGGUCUCUCCGGACCUCGAGUGGCACGCAGCCUGCCUCAAGUGCGCCGAAUGCAGCCAGUACUUGGACGAAACCUGCACGUGUUUUGUGAGAAACGGCAAGACGUACUGUAAAAGGGACUAUAUCAGGUUGUUCGGGAUCAAGUGUGCCAAAUGCAAGGUGGGUUUCAGCAGCAGCGACCUGGUGAUGAGAGCCCGAGAGAACGUCUACCACAUCGAGUGCUUCCGCUGCUCCGUCUGCAGCCGCCAGCUGCUGCCCGGGGACGAGUUCUCCCUGAGGGAUCACGAGCUUCUGUGCCGGGCUGAUCACAGCCUCCUGCUGGACAGGGCCUCGGCGGAGAGUCCUAGGAGCCCAGGACACCUACCAAGCAGCAGGGGCCUCCAUCUCUCAGAGCCGGGCUCGGGCCGGCAGCCGUCGCUGCGCGCCCACGUGCACAAGCAGGCGGAGAAGACGACCCGGGUGCGGACGGUCCUGAACGAGAAGCAGCUGCACACGCUGCGGACCUGCUACGCCGCCAACCCGAGGCCCGACGCGCUCAUGAAGGAGCAGCUGGUGGAGAUGACGGGCCUGAGCCCGCGAGUCAUCCGCGUCUGGUUCCAGAACAAACGCUGCAAGGACAAGAAGAAAUCCAUCCUUAUGAAGCAGCUGCAGCAGCAACAGCACAGCGACAAGACGAGCUUGCAGGGGCUGACGGGGACGCCCCUGGUGGCCGGCAGCCCCAUCCGCCAUGAGAGCGCGGUGCAGGGCAGCGCCGUGGAGGUGCAGACCUACCAGCCGCCCUGGAAGGCGCUCAGCGAGUUCGCUCUCCAAAGUGACCUGGACCAGCCGGCCUUCCAGCAACUGGUGUCCUUCUCCGAGUCGGGCUCCCUGGGGAACUCCUCCGGCAGCGACGUGACCUCCCUAUCCUCCCAGCUCCCGGACACUCCGAACAGCAUGGUGCCCAGCCCGGUGGAGACGUGAGGAGCCUGGGGCCCGUGGGCCCCCUGUCCCGAGGAUCUCGCAUGCUCCCUGCAUGAGACUCACCCAUGCUCAGGCCAUUCCAGCUCUCGGAAAACCCUCUCUCCUUGUUCAUUAUUAUUGUUAUUUAAAGGAAAGAGAAAGAGAUGAAAGAAAGAGAGAGGCCAAAGAGAGAUACUGUCUUGACUGCCAAAGCACCAGGAUGUGACCUUCCUUCUUCAGACUGGAGAGCGAAGCCCUUCGGCGGGCCGGGGUUAUUUUUGCAAAACCCAAACUGAGGAUUUACUAGGAUUAGGCCUCCCCCCUUCUACCGCUCCCUCCUCCCCCUCCCCUCCCCCCUCCCGUAGCGUGUAAUGCUGGCUUUCGGACCCCACCCCAGCUCACCUGGUGGCUUCCAAAAAGCAAGCCGGGAGCGGGCUGCCCCGGAGCCAGCCUGGGCUGAAGGGGGCAGCUUGGCCCCGCCGAGGCCGCCGCUCUCCUUUGGGUUCGGUGGUUGUUUUCUUUAAAUGCUUUUGUUGGUUAGGGAUGGGGGGGGAGGGAAGAGGCAGAAAAGGAAAGCGGGAGGACCCCAAAGCCCUAAAUCGCAUGAUCGCUGGAAAACCAAAACGACACUCAACCAACCCCCAAAUAUAUGGAGAAAGAGACUUUUCUUGCAAAUGUUUUAAUUUAUCAGCGGACGGAGGACAGAGUGUGUGAGCCUUUGCCGAACAAACAAACAAACAAACAAACAACGUAAGUUAUUGCUAUUUAUUGAGAACAGCCAGUUCAUAGCGGCGGGACUCAUAUUUUGAUCUUAAUAAUAAAAAGCAAAACCCCACCCCCUCUGGGCUUGCCCGUGUGGAUAUUGUUGGCGCAGCCUGAGGGUGGGGCCCCCAGCCCUCAGGGUUUCGAGGUGGCAUGGGCCACGUGGAGCCCUGGGAGGGCCACCUCACCCUCAGGGCUCCCCUUGGGGCCUUUUUUGGGGCCUCUGGAGGGACCCACCCUAACAGCCUCUGGCAAUCCAAGCUCUUUGCAGUCCCACCAGUCCCCACCUGCCCUCUCCUUUCACAUGUCUUCUGGCCCCUCCCCUGAAGUCCCACCCCCAUUCUUCUUCCCCUCCUGCGCCCCCUGAGCCAGCCCAGCCUAUUCCUCUGCCUCAGGCCUCCCUGGCCCGGGCUCUGGCCUAGAGCCCUCAGACCCAUUCAGGGUCACCUCUCGCCUCACGCCGUUGGCAGCUCAGUCGUCACCCCUUUUCAC